AUGAGUUCAACAGAUGCCAUGUCUAAACGUUCCUUAUUAGCCGCCAUAGCUGAUGAAGAUUCAAUAACUGGAUUGUUAUUAGCAGGUGUUGGUCAAGUUAGUGGCGAAGAUGGUAAAGAAACUAAUUUCCUUACAGUUUCCCCUGAUAAAACUACCGUCGAAGAAAUUGAAGCCGCCUUCGAUAAAUUCACUUCAGAAAGAGAGGAUAUUGCUAUUUUAUUGAUCAAUCAACAUUUAGCUGACUUGAUAAGAUUCAAAGUUGAUAAUUUUACAAAUGCUUUCCCUGCCAUUUUGGAAAUUCCAUCAAAAGAUCAUCCUUAUGAUCCUGAAAAAGAUUCAAUUCUUAAAAAAGUUAGAAGGUUAUUCGGUGAGUAA